UAACGAAAGAUAAACCGACUUCCAAAAAAUGUAGCAAAAUUAAUUUAGUUAUUUUGAACAAGUGUCACUUUUCAUAAUUCAUAUCACCUAACCAGAAACCAUUAAUCAUCGAGGCAUUGGGAAAUUGUCCCCAUUAGGUGGGUGGGUAAGUAUCUCGCAGUACUAGCUUACUCCGAUAAAGGGCUUUCUGCUGGGCCCAAAGUCAUGAGCUUUGGGUCGGCCCAGACACUGAACUCAAUGGAACCAAGAAGGAAAAAGAAAAACACUAUCAGCAAAGUGAAUGCCUCCGGUUCCCCGGAAAACCCUGGCGUGCAGGGGUAUAGGAAAGCCAUGAGACCAAAUUUGAACUCCGUUGCAAACCUCCACUACCAUUUCCCUCUUCUUCGCUUCUCCCCAAUUUUCUCCCGCGCCGGCUUCUUCUACAACCCCGUCGUCGGUUCCCAGACAGCGCUUCGGUCGGCGGCGAAGAGUUCACUAAGCACCGGAGCCGCAACAACUUCUCGUCUUCUUCUCCGUCGCUGCACCUGCACAACUAUGGCCACCGAUCCUCCGGCGGUUCCGGUGAGAGACGAAAUUGAACUGACGGAGGUUGAGCGGAAGAUAUUCGACAGGCUCCUUGGCACUCUCCGCAAAUUUAAUCUCACCACGGAGCUCCGCGUCGCCGGCGGUUGGGUCCGCGACAAGCUGCUGGGGAAAGAGUGCUACGACAUUGAUAUCGCCAUUGACAAUAUGUCCGGAAGUCAAUUUGUUGAUAGCGUGAAGGACUAUUUGGAAACAGUAAACGAAGUAGCUCAAGGGGAUUGUGUCAUUGCUCGGAAUCCUGACCAGUCCAAACACUUGGAAACUGCGAGGAUGAGGCUAUUUGAUCAAUGGAUUGAUUUCGUUAACUUGAGGUGUGAAGAUUACAACGAGAACAGUCGCAUCCCGACAAUGAAGUUUGGUACUGCUGAAGAGGAUGCAUAUAGAAGAGAUUUAACCAUUAACAGCUUGUUCUAUAAUAUUAAUAAGAGUUCAGUCGAAGACCUUACAGGCAGAGGCAUUGCAGAUCUAAAAUCUGGAAAAAUAGUGACCCCUUUACCUCCAAAGGAGACAUUCUUGGAUGAUCCUCUUCGUGUUCUUCGGGCUAUUCGGUUUGGUGCAAGGUUUGAGUUUGAGAUGGAUGAAGAUCUCAAAGAAGCGGCUAGAUGCGAGGAAGUGAAAAAUGCUCUUGCAGCUAAAAUUAGCAAAGAGCGUGUUGGGACUGAGAUUGAGCUAAUGAUCUCUGGUAAUCAACCUGUCAAAGCCAUGUCAUACAUAGCCGAUUUGACAUUAUAUCCGGUUGUCUUCUGUUUCCCACCAAAUCAUCAACCAGAAGUCUCUGAAGGAUGCCAGACGCAGUCCUUAGCUUACUUGGAAGCAGCAUGGGGUCUGAUUCACUCAAUUGGAUACGCUUCGUUCACUGAUCAGCAAAGGCGACUUGCUUUAUAUGCAGCUCUGUUUCUUCCCUUCAGAAAUAUUACUUAUAAGGAUGCUAAGGGAAAAAGGAUGCCGGUUGUCAACUAUAUUUUUAGAGACUCUCUUAAGCAGAAAGCCAGUGAUCCUGACUUGGUGAUGAAGGUACAUCAGUCAAUAGAUAAACUUACAACAUUGAUUCCUUCACUUAUAUCCAAGGCGGAAACCAUGCCCCCUGAAGUCAAUCAGGAAAUGGAAUUUGCUGAUGUGGCCACCAAUUCAAAGCUCCGAAUUUCAACAGGAUUCGUACUACGAGAGGUCAAAGAUCUAUGGCGAAUUGCUCUACUGAUAUCUACAAUGCUACACCCCUCUGACUUGGCUUCUUCUUCCAAGGAGGAUAAUGGUAAGCCCGAGCUUGACAAGAGGAAAGACUUGUUCAAGGCAGUCGAGGCUGCCAUCCUUGAACUAGGUCUGGACAAUGUGUGGGACAUGAAGCCAUUGAUCAAUGGGAAAGAGAUCAUGAGCGUCCUACAGCUUAAAUCCGGAGGACCCCUUGUCAAGGAAUGGCAACAAAAGAUACUGUCAUGGCAACUUGCUCAUCCAACUGGGACUGCCCAUGAAUGCCUUGAGUGGAUGAAUGAAACCCACUACUCGAAUCUCGCCGAAACAGAGUAGAGCUGCUGCUAAUGCUGGUGCUGACCAUGAUUACGAUCUUAAUGGAAAGCUUGCUCCUUUUCUCUUUUGCACUCCUGACUAGCAGUGGAAAUGGCAGAGUUCAAUUUUGGGAAGAAACUAGAUAUGAUGAUCACAAUCAUGGUUCUGCAUUUUUGUAAGGAAAGAAAUUGUAAAAAGCCGUGAUGUUUGGUGCUUUCUGUACAUUCUAAGCAAUUAGGCUUUCAGUUAGUCAAUAGAUCAACCACUUGUAGAUCUUUGUUUAUGGAGCAUUUUAUAUUUAGAUAAUUCCUCAAAAUCAUAAUCGAGAUAGAUUAUAAUUAUAUACUUGAAUCAGUAAGAUUCGAUCAACCAAGAAAAUGGAACCAAAGAGAUCCACCCACUCCACUGAAAAGUUCAGGGGUCACUUUGUAACUUUAACUGUGUUUUUGAAUAUAAAGUGUAUUUAACA